AUGUUGUGGCUCAGGACAGCUUAUAAAGAGGAUAUUAAAGCCUCCUCAACCGAACUGGUGUACGGCACUACCUUGAAAGUGCCUGCAGAAUUUUUCGAUUCCGAGGAUUUAGACUCCAAUCCGCAGAUAUUCUUGGAACCGUUCAGAAUCGCGAUGAGGAAUUUGCGUCCUAAGCCCACAGCACACCACAGUAAGACCAAAGUGUUUGUCUAUUCGGACUUGUACACGUGUUCUCACGUAUUUUUACGAAUAGACGCAUCUAGUCGCCCGUUAGAACAGCCGUAUUCAGGCCCGCAUCGUGUUAUUGAACGCUUGAGCGAUCGCGUGUUCACGAUAUUAUUAAACGGCAGAAGAGAACAGGUCUCCGUAGAUCGUUUAAAGCCAGCAUAUUUGGCGUUAGAUUUUAAGGACGCUUCUAACGAUUCGUCCGAGCAACCGUCUACGUCCGGCGCGAGUGCCAAUAGGGGCACCGCUGCAAAGCCUACAGGCAUCCUCAGGACUUUUCCGCCCGCGGCGGGACGUCAAAAGAAGAGAGUAGCCUGGGCGCAAUAA